GUAUGGUCCCAAAAUGCCUCUUGCAGUGGAUUGUACCGCUGAGCUGAUCUGUUGCAAGGUCCUGGAUUCAUCUGGUCGAUUGAAGUCACAUGAGCUCAUCCUCUCCUAUGGGCUGGCUCUUGUGAGGUUUGUCAACUUGAUCACAGAACGGAAACAGAAGGUGGUCAGCAUUCCUCUGAGACAAUUAGCCAGAGAGGUGGACAUCCCCAUCUGGGUGGUGGAUCUCCGUCACGAGCUGACCCACGGGAAG